AGUGGCCUCAACCUUUAUCCGUCGCCCGUCGUGCUCGUCUAAGUCUUCUUCCCCGUCGCCCACCGUCGCCCAUUUCUGCAUCGUCAUCUAGGGAAGCGAGAACAGAGACCACUGGUAGCUGGCCGUAUUCGAGCUUCACUCCUUCUUUCCUCCAUCAAUGGCAAAGCCCUGAUGCCCAAAAUGCGGAGGUUCCAGAGACCACCAAGAAGAUGCGAGCUUCACUGGCUUCCCUCCUUUGGCAAUGGAGACAUCGAAAGCCCGAUGCAAAUAAUAGGCUAAGCAAUUAUUUAUCCAGCCGAAUCCCUUUUACGGGUAGGAACCCUGUGUCCACUUGUUUAGCGGCCAUGUCUCACCAAAUUCUUCAACGCCAUCCUUAUUCUGAAUUCAGUGUGUCUUCCUGCCAUCCCCGAAGUAGGCAUCCACAGCAGUUGGUCUCUCUUCUACUCAAAGACCCAUCAAACCGCCAAGCUGCCCAGCAGGUCCACUCUCAUAUCAUCACCUCUGGGAUGCUUCUAUACCCCUUUUAUUGCACCUCUUCCUGGUUGUUUCUCUUCAACACUCUGAUUCGCUGUUACUCUCUUGGCCUCUUUCCUGAAGAAGCUGUUAGGUUUGGUAUAUCUUCCCUAAACUGCCAUGCAUUUCUGAGGUAUUGUUCCUUUGACAGCUAUACUUAUGCCUUCCUCUGUCAUGCCUGUGCCAACUCAAAAUGCAUUCACCUUGGAAUCCAGAUUCAUUCGGUCAUAUUCAAAGUGGGUUUUCACUUUCACUUAUAUGUACAAACUGCUUUGCUUCAUAUGUACUCAACCUGGGGUCUCUUAAUUGAAGCGGCACAAGUGUUUGACAACAUGCCUAAAAAAAAUACUGUUACCUGGAAUGUUUACAUUACUGGUUUGAUCAGAUGCGGUGAGUUUGACCUUGCCUUGUCAUUAUUUAAUAAAAUGCCAGCUCGGAGUGUUGUCUCCUGGACGAUUAUUAUGGAUGGAUUUACACGCAUGAAUAAGCCUACUAAAGCAUUGACUAUGUUUAGGGAAAUGGUUGUUUGUGAUGGCAUAAAACCAACUAAAGUGACUCUUCUGACCAUUUUCCCAGCCAUUUCCAAUCUUGGGUUCAUUGUGAUUUGUCAAUCCAUCCAUGGCUAUGCAGAAAAGAGAGGUUUCAAUGCCUCUGAUAUACGCAUUAUGAAUUCACUGAUAGACUCUUAUGCAAAAUGUGGGUGCAUAGCAAGUGCAAGCAGAUUCUUUACGGAGAUAUCUGUUUACAAGAAAAAUUUGGUAUCAUGGACAUCAGUGAUCUCAGGUUUUGCAAUGCAUGGUCUGGGAAGACAGGCUGUAGAGUAUUUUGAAACCAUGGAAAAGGCUGGGUUGAAGCCAAAUCAUGUGACAUUUUUGAGUGUUUUAAAUGCGUGUAGUCAUGGAGGAUUGGUUGAGGAGGGGCUCAAGUUUUUUCAUAAAAUGGUUAAUGAUUGUCAACUUAUGCCAGAUAUCAAGCACUAUGGCUGUCUAAUAGAUCUGCUUGGAAGGGCAGGUAGGUUGGAAGAAGCUGAAAAGAUUGCUUUGCAGGUACCUCAUAAGGUUGCCAAUGUUGUGAUUUGGCGGACACUUCUAGGUGCUUGCAAUUUUCAUGGAAACGUUGAAAUUAGUCAGAGGGUGAUGAGGAAAAUACUUGAGAUGGAGAGAGAGUAUUCUGGGGAUUAUGUUCUUAUGUCCAAUAUUUUUGCUGGUGUUGGAAGGUUUGGAGAUGCUGAGAGGUUAAGAAAAGUAAUGGAUAUGAGAAUUGCUUUUAAACUUCCUGGCUACAGUUUAUUCUAAAUGCUAUAACAUUUCUAUUUAAAACAGACAGGCAAUUUCGCUAUAAAAGAUAUUCAGAAUAUGCUCA